GCCAAUUGAUAGAAAAGUUCUCUGGAUAGUAAAUUUUUGACAGCUAUGAGGUGAAUAAAAAUGUUUGAUACGGCAGGGCUAGUGAAAAAUUUGACAGCAAGCAUUAUCAAGAAGAAGAACGAACAACGCACGUAUACACAUAAAUUAAAGAAAACAAAAGCGAGUGGAAAUAACAGAAAAUGGUCCCGCCGGCAAAAAAAAUAAAGAAAAGCUAUAUAACUUGGAGCAGUUCAGAACGCAGAAUCCUUCUGGAAAGGCGAAUUGACAAGGAUGUUUGGUUCAGCUCAAAGAACGCCAACAGCAACGAAGGCUGGAAGUGAAAAAAUCGCGAAUGAGCUGAAGGAUCGCCUGGACGGUAAAAGUGCUGAAGCAUGUAAAGCACAAUGGAAUGCGUUGAUGAAAAAAUAUAAAAGCUUUUUCAAAUACCGCUCGGGCGAUGGAACAGGUGAAGAGGCGACUGCUGAAGAGGCGAAAGAUUGGGAGUUUUUUGAGUGCAUCCACUCAUAUGCUUCCAAGAAAGAUAAUUUUCACCCUCCAUUUUUAAUUGAUAGCGGCGAUGGUGAGGUGUCGAUGCAGCCAAGGAGAGAGGAAAACGCCACAUUUGUCUCGGCACUGCAGCCGGUUGAGUCCUUGACAAAUUCGCAGUCGACGUCUAGCGAAGAGUCGAGACAGAGUCCACUGCCAUCAACAUCCCGGCGCUCUGCAGCACAAAAUGGCGUUAAGCAACUAGAACGCCACAUUUAUAAAAGGGAUAAAAAAAUCAAUAAAAAAAUAUCAACGCUUUUGGCUGUAAUUGGGCAAAUGGUGCAGGCGGACUAUCCGCACAUCGACGCAUCAGCGCUGCUCUUGACCUCAGACUCGGAUUCUGAGUAGUCCGUGCCAUUAGGAAAUAUUUUUAACUGAAUUUUUUUAUUUUAUCUUUUUUAUGUAAAUAUUUUUUUGGUAGAAGUGUAGUAUUUAAUUUUUUGUUUUGUUUGUUGCUUGAAUUCACUUUAAUUUAUUAUUUUUAUACAACAUGUACCUCUAGGUAUAAGAAAAACCAGUACAAUAAGUAAUGUGAUGAAUUUUUUUAGUUUAAGAUAUAUUACUCUUUUUAAAAACUAGUAGGCUUAGUAACAAAAUGGAUCUCCAUAUAUGAUUUUCUUUUUAUUGUGAUGGUAUUGAAUACCACUUUAUAUUUUUAAGUAAAUGUAAAUAAGACU